AGCUUUGGUUUAGACGGCGAAGUGGUGGCUGUGAGCCAACUUCCAGCCAUGAACAUAUUUCGAUUAGCGGGUGACAUGCUGCACCUGACCAGCAUCAUGCUGCUGUUGUGGAAGCUGCACAAAAGCAAGAGCUGCGUUGGGGUGUCCUGCCGCAUGCAGGAGAUGUAUGCCAUGGUCUUCGUUUUUCGAUAUCUCGACCUCUUGUGGAGCUUCAUCUCAGUGUACAACACCGUGAUGAAGGUGGUCUUCAUCACUGCCACGCUUUAUUUGAUCUACUUGAUGCGAGUGAAGCCGCCAAUCUCACAGACCUAUGAGAGGAGCACCGACAAGUUUCCCUAUGAGAUCUACCUGCUAGGGCCCUGCUUUGCGCUGGGCAUCCUCACCACAGAGGAGUAUGGUGUCGCAGAGAUCCUUUGGACGACCUCCAUUUGGCUGGAGAGUGUGGCCAUUGUGCCCCAGCUGGUCCUGCUGCAGCAGAUGAGAGAGGUGGAGAACUUGACCUCGCAGUUUGUUGCCACCAUGGGCGCGUACAGAGCCUUUUACAUAUUGAAUUGGAUCUACCGAUACUUUGCCGACGACUACGUGAAUUGGGUCGGCUGGAUUGGCGGCGUCGUGCAAACAGCGCUUUAUUGUGACUUUUUCUACUACUACGCCAGAAGCAAGUGGUACGGCGGAAAGCUUGUGCUGCCGGUGGCGACCUGAGUGCCAUGGUAUCACUUCCGGCUGGCCUUGCAAGUCAACCUCUGGCA